AUGGACCUCGAUGCAGCUUCUGCGGGCCAAAAGCGAAGUUUUGACGAUCACGAUGCCGAUACAGCUGCAACGCCGAAGAAGCGCAGGAUUGAGGGAGAAAACACUGGCUCUACGACGCCAGGCGCCUUGAGCACCAUCGCCUCGGCCAUCUCGGGCGUUUUUGGAUACGGCAAAAAGGCUGCCGAAACGCAGACACCGACCGAUGCCGCGGGGAAUGGCGUCUCCUUGCCAAAGCCACUGCUGCCGCUAUCUACAACAUCACCGAAUAGGAGUAAGCCAGCCAUCAAGCUAGCAGCUCUAAUUGGAACGAAAUGGGAUAAUGGAGACUUGAUCAAGCCGUCGGCAGCGAAAAGGGGGAGAGGAGGGAGGCGGAAAGCGGCCCCUGUGCCAGAUGCAAUCUCAGCAACAGAAUCGGCAGCGCCUUCAGGUAGAGGCAGGGGAAGGGGGAGGGGGAGAGGCAGCAGAGGUGGGAGAGGUAGCAGAGGAGGAGGAGGACGAGGCGGAUCUAGAGAUACGGCCAGGAAAGAGGACGAGGCGGAGGACAGUAUCGAUAUCAUUGCAAACGAGGCUAAACCAGAAGCCAUGGCCACGCCUCACGAAUCGCCGUCAACGGUGCGCUCUAUCAGGCGUCUCGACUUGAUGCCGCUUUCCAAUGGCAUGCUUGAUACUACAGCGGACGAGCUUUCGACAAACGAGUUCCCUACCGUCAGUCCUUUGAAGAGCAGAAGUCUCAAUUUGAACCAGAGACUAGCUGAGUCAACGAGUACAACGUCGACGCCAAAGAGCAUCCUAUCACCGACCAAGAAAGAGGGGCCUCGGCCGCAAAAGAAUGUUUCUUUUAACAAGAGCGUCGAUGCCGAGGUCACCACUGAAGUCUUCUUUGAGGAUUUGCCCAAAGGCCCCAGUGCCAAAAAGAAGCCUGGUCGAAAGCCCAAGCAGGCCCAGCCUGUUGCUGUUGCCACAGAUGAGAUUGUGUGCGGUGUGUGCUCUAGACCAGACUCGCAAGCACCCAACGAGAUUAUUCUAUGCGACAACUGCGACUUUGCUGUCCAUCAAAUGUGCUACGGAGUACGAGAGAUUCCAGAGGGCGAUUGGCUAUGCAAGUCGUGCGCGCAGGAAGACGUUUUGGGACUGACCAAGAAACCGACUGAGGAGGCUUCUGAAAUAGCUGCCAACUCAGUGACUGCUCCGGCUAUCGAGGUGCCGGAGAUUCCCAACUUGGAUCAUCACUUGCGCACCCUGCAGAGAGUUCUCCUGGAUCGGUGCAACGGCCGGAGGACGAUUCGCAUGUUUGGGCAACAGGAUCAGUACGAGAAGGCGCAUCAGCUCAUUGAGCAGACUGUCGUGGCGGGCGAAGGAAACUCUAUGCUCCUCAUUGGUCCAAGAGGGUGUGGUAAAACAACGAUGAUCAACAACAUUGUUAAGGACAUGUCACGAGAACAUCGACAGGAUUUCCAUAUUGUUAGGCUCAACGGAUUCAUUCAUACAGAUGACAAGCUGGCGCUGAAGGAGAUUUGGAGGCAGCUUGGAAAAGAGAUGCAGGUUGACGACGACUUGCUGACCCGGUCCAACUAUGCUGACACCAUGGCGUCCCUGCUGGCCCUGUUAUCCCACCCUUCGGAAAUCCUGGGGCUGGAUGAGGGAGUCACGUCGCAAUCCGUGAUAUUCAUCAUUGACGAGUUCGAUCUGUUUGCGACUCAUCCCAGGCAGACGCUUUUGUACAACUUGUUCGACAUUGCACAGUCUCGAAAGGCGCCCAUUGCCGUCUUGGGCUGCACAACGCGCCUUGACGUGGUGGAGAUGUUGGAGAAGAGAGUCAAAAGCCGGUUCAGCCACCGGUAUAUCUAUUUGUCUUUACCCAAGAAUCUAGCGGCUUUCUGGCAAGUGUGCCGACAGGGGCUCAUGCUCGGGGAUGUCGAACCAGAGGAAGAAGGACUAGACCAGAGCGUUGAAGGAUUCAGCGAAUUCCAGGCGUAUUGGGAUCACAAGAUUGAGGAUCUCUACAAGCAGCGAGCAUUUCAAGACUUACUACAGUACCACUACUACACAACCAAGUCGCCGUCGGCAUUCUUCAAUGAAUGGAUCUUGCCGCUGUCAUGGCUGACGGCGGGCAAUCCCAACCUCAACAUUCCUGCCGUCGGCUCAGAGUUGACGUCGCUGGCGCCGCCAGAUUCGCGGCUGCACCUGCUAUCGACACUGUCAGAGCUGGAUCUCGGGCUAUUGAUUGCCGCCGCUCGGCUCGACAUUGUGGCCGACACGGACACGGUCAACUUUGCCAUGGCAUAUGAUGAGUACAGCACGCUGGCAGGGCGGCAGCGCGUACAGUCGGCUACGGCAGGCAUGCUCGCGCAGGGCGGCAACGCGAGGGUCUGGAGCAGGGGCGUGGCGGCCGUGGCAUGGGAGCGACUCGUGACGCUGGGAUUGCUGGUGCCAGCGGGCGUGGGAGCAGGCAGCCGAAGUCAGGGACAUGGUGGCCUGGAAGCAAAGAUGUGGAGAGUGGACGUGGCGCUGGAGGAGAUUCCGGUAGCUACGAAGCUGAGCACUGUUUUGGCCAAGUGGUGCAAGGAGAUAUGA